AUGCCUGUGUUUCACACGAAGAUAAUCGAAAGUAUUUUAGAGCCGGUUGCUCAACAGGUAUCCCGUCUGGUCAUCCUUCAUGAAGAAGCGGAAGAUGGCAACGCUAUGCCUGACUUGGCACGGCCCGUCCAGGCCGUGUCGCUGGCUGUCAACAAUCUCGUCAAGGUAGGACAUGAAACAAUUGAAUCAUCAGACGAUCCGAUCCUACGUGCCGACAUGCCCGGGGCUCUCCGGAGAGUGGAAGGCGCUGCCACUCUUCUACAACAGGCUUCUGAUAUGCUGAGAGCGGACCCGUAUUCUGGACCGGCCAGGAAGAAGUUAAUAGAGGGAUCGAGAGGCAUCCUGCAAGGUACAUCAGCGUUGCUCCUUUGUUUCGACGAGUCUGAAGUGCGAAAAAUCGUCAAAGAGUGCAAAAAGGUGUUGGACUACUUGGGCGUUGCGGAAGUUAUUGACACCAUGGAGGAUUUAGUGCAAUUUUUAAGAGAUAUCUCGCCGGCACUGUCAAAAGCGGCUAGAGAGGUAGCAGGCCGCGCAGCAGAACUAACUCAUCCACCGCACGCUGAAACUCUGACGCGGUGCCUGGAGAGCGUGAAAAAGUUGGCGCCGGUGCUCAUCUGUUCAAUGAAGAUUUACAUACACAUCCUAUCUGAAGGUGGUAAAGGUAUAGAGGAUGCAGCCGAAAAUAGAAACUACCUGGCUCAACGGAUGGCUGAUGAAAUUCACGAGAUUAUACGUGUGUUGCAACUUACAUCGUACGUGGAGGAUGGAGGCGAAAAGGACAAUAUAGCUGUUUUGAAAGCGCUUCAAUCCAUGAUCCAUAGCAAAGCGGGGGCUGCGCAUGAGUUUCUUAACGACCCCGAUGCUCUUCGUAAUACUGUAGGCGAGAGAGCGUUGCGCUCAGUACUGACGUCCGGGCAACGUGCAGCUGAACAUCUGACUCCUGCGCACGCUGACACUCUGAGAAGCACGGUCAGAUCUGGUGGUAUCAACGCAGACAUGUUGUGCGAUGAAAGACAGUACGGACGUGGUAGGGAGCAAAAGGCUUAUAAGUUAGCGUCGGAGCUUGGUAGCCAAUUGGAUGAGGUAGAAGGUGUGGUGAACGAAGGAGUGAGAGCUGCAGAGAAACAAGGUGGAAAAACCAUCCAGGCGAGAUUAGAAGCCGCCCACAAAUGGCUGUUGCACCCGGCGGCCGAACCCGCUACCCGUAUAGAAGGACAAAAGGCGAUCAGCAGUAUUGUAGCUCAAGGACAAACGAUUGCAGAUAAUCUACACGGUAGGGAGAAAGCGGAAAUAAUGCAACUCUGCGCAGAUGUCCAGCGGUUGUCCGACAAGUUGUCCGAUUUGUGUAUGAGUGGGCGUGGCGAUACGGAGGAGGCGAGGGCUAUUACUAGGGAACUGACAGAUAAACUACACGAACUAAAGCGCGGCCUGGACCGAGCGGUGGUGAACCGUGUGGUGGAAGACUUUAUAGAUGUUGCUGCACCACUACGGCAUUUUACUGAUGCUGUGAACGCUCCAAUGGGUACACCUGGUCGCGAUCUCAAAUUCGAAGAGAAGGCUAACGCGCUGCAAGCUUUCAGCAACAAAGCGGCUGCAGCUGCUGAAAUGGUAGCUGCUGGCGUGCGACACAACAAGAAACUUGCUGAUAUGUUGCAUCAUAAUGCUAAAGAGGUUGAAAAAUUAUCACCCCAAUUGAUUUGUGCUGGAAAAAUUCGCCUUCAUUAUCCAGAUAGUAAGGUAGCAGAAGAGCAUUUCACCAACUUGAAGAAUCAAUAUGCUGACGCUGUCUUGCGCUGCAGAGACCUCUGUGAUCAGGCCGUUGACCCUCUAGACUUUGUUAGGACUGCUGGGGAACUAAUGCAGAAGCACACAUACCUUUGUGAAGAUGCCAUCCGAAACAAUGAUUCGCAGAAAAUGGUAGAUAACACGUCUGCUAUAGCAAGGUUAGCCAACCGCGUGCUGUUGGUAGGUGGCGCUGAACGCGAAAACACCGAAGAUAGCGAUUUUGCUCUCGCUCUCGCUUCCGCUCAACAACGCUUGCAGGAGAGCAUCCCGCCAGCUGUUAGACAAGCUAAGCUAGUGGCCCUCGGCGAUAGAACAGCUGUACCAGGCUGGAGAGCAGCUAAUAAUGAGAUAAUAAAAGCAUCAAGCGGUGUUGAAGAAGCACUAUCACGUCAAUAUGCCCCUCCGCCCCCACCCCCAGCAUUACCCGAAACGUUCGCUGCGAUGCGUGUGAAUGUAAACGAGGCGGCGCCACCCAGGCCUCCGCCCCCAGCGGUCUCUGCUCCUCCUAGGCCUCCACCGCCAGAUACCGAUGACGAGGGAGAAGACAUCUUCAAUAGGCAACCGCAUCCCAGCCAACCUAUAUUGGUGGCAGCCCACAAUCUUCAUCGCGCGGUCCGAGAGUGGUCCUCAAAAGAUAACGAGAUUAUCGCUGCCGCUAAACGCAUGGCUAUACUUAUGGCAAGAUUGUCUGACCUCGUGAGAUCUGACUCUAAAGGCAGUAAGCGCGAACUGAUAGCUACCGCUAAAGCAAUCGCCGAAGCAUCGGAGGAAGUUACCCGUCUGGCCAAGAAACUGGCUCUGGAAUGCACUGACAAGAGAAUCCGUACUAACCUACUACAAGUCUGCGAGAGAAUCCCAACGAUUGGAACUCAACUCAAGAUCUUGUCUACGGUUAAAGCUACCAUGUUGGGUGCCCAAGGUAGCGAAGAAGAUCAAGAGGCUACAGAAAUGUUGGUUGGCAACGCUCAAAACUUGAUGCAGAGUGUGAAAGAAACUGUAAAGGCGGCAGAGGGCGCCUCUAUCAAGAUACGUACAGAACAGGGCGCGUACAGAUUGCGCUGGGUUCGUCGUUCGCCCUGGUACCAGAUAUAA